UCUCCCUCCUCCUUUCCUCCUUCCUUUCCUCCCUUCCUCCCUCCCAACCUCCAACCUCCGCUCUCUCCCUCUCUGAGCUCCAGCGCUCCCUCCCCUCCCGCGCUCCCUCCCUCCCUCCCUCCCUCCUCGCUCCCUCUCCUCUCUCGCUAUAGAGGGCUCCCACAGCACUUCCCAGCCAGUGUGUUCAGCCUGCCUGCCUGCCUGCCUCCGUGUGUGUGUGAGCGUGUGUGCGUGCGUCUACUUUGUACUGUGAAGAACACAGCCCAUGUGCUCUGCAUGGACGUUCCUGAUACUCUGUUAAGCUUGAUUUUCGACAAGCAGGCAAGAUGUCCAGCACACCACAUGACCCCUUCUAUUCUUCUCCUUUCGGCCCAUUUUAUAGGAGACAUACACCAUACAUGGUACAGCCAGAGUACCGAAUCUACGAGAUGAACAAGAGACUGCAGUCUCGCACAGAGGACAGUGACAAUCUCUGGUGGGAUGCCUUUGCCACGGAAUUUUUUGAAGAUGAUGCCACAUUAACUCUUUCGUUUUGUUUGGAAGAUGGACCAAAGCGAUACACUAUCGGCAGGACACUCAUCCCCCGUUAUUUUAGCACCGUGUUCGAAGGAGGGGUGACCGACCUGUAUUACAUCCUCAAACACUCAAAGGAGUCUUACCACAACUCAUCCAUCACGGUAGACUGCGACCAGUGUGCCAUGGUCACACAGCACGGGAAGCCCAUGUUCACCAAGGUAUGCACAGAAGGCAGGCUGAUCUUGGAGUUCACGUUCGAUGACCUCAUGAGGAUAAAAACGUGGCACUUUACCAUCAGACAGUACAGGGAGCUGGUCCCCAGAAGCAUACUAGCCAUGCAUGCACAAGAUCCUCAGGUCCUGGAUCAGCUGUCCAAAAAUAUCACCAGGAUGGGUCUAACAAACUUCACCCUCAACUACCUCAGGUUGUGUGUAAUACUGGAGCCAAUGCAGGAACUGAUGUCGAGACACAAAACCUACAACCUCAGUCCCAGAGACUGCCUGAAGACCUGCCUGUUUCAGAAGUGGCAGCGGAUGGUGGCCCCGCCAGCAGAACCCACAAGGCAACCGACAACCAAAAGGAGAAAAAGAAAAAACUCCACCAGCAGCACCUCGAACAGCAGCGCCGGGAAUACCACCAACAGUGCGGGCAGCAAGAAGAAGGCCCCGGCUGCGAGCCUGAGCCUGUCCAGCCAGGUACCUGAUGUGAUGGUGGUAGGAGAGCCAACUCUGAUGGGAGGUGAGUUUGGGGACGAGGACGAAAGGCUAAUCACUAGAUUAGAAAACACGCAGUAUGAUGCGGCCAACGGCAUGGACGACGAGGAAGACUUCACCAAUUCACCUGCCCUGGGGAACAACAGCCCGUGGAACAGUAAACCUCCCGCCACGCAAGAGACCAAAUCAGAAAACCCCCCACCCCAGGCUUCCCAGUAAGAUGGGCCUGCCCGGCACCUGAUUCCACUGUCCCAUAGGCCCAGUGGGGUAGAAUUCCAGUCGCAAUUUUCUAUCAGGAGAGGAAAGAGGUGAAAUUUAAACCCACACAAACAAAACGUUUCCAUGCAAAAAUCUAUUUCUAAACAUAAUGACCUGGUUUUCUUUCUUGCGAUUUUUUUUUUCCGUUUUUUAAUUGAGAGGAUUGUUCAAAUGAGCCUCCGUGGCCUCUCCUUGGAGGCCUUCACACCAAGUACAGACACUGUCCCUGGCAGUAAUUGGCAGCAGCAGAGGCUAUUGCACCUCCUGGCACGGUCUUCCCUCCCUCUUUGUGUUCAACUUCCUGUCCAUGCACCUACCGAAGGCCAUGCUGUCCGAACGUGCUCAGGAUCACAGUCACAUGCUGACCCCCAACUAGAGAUGACUUUUUAAUAUUGUAAAAUAUUUUCUGCUUUUUGACUUGCAUUUGAGAGUUUCUUGUUUCAGUAAAAAAGAAAAGAAAAGAAAAUCUGUUUUGGGAAAGUAAUUUAAAUGUAUUUCCCCCCCCUUUACUUUCCAUUGGUUUUCCACUGGAAAACCCAAGAAGACACAGCGAGGUGAGUUUCUGGCAAGCCGACCCUAAUUGGUUCUUGAGUCUGAGUUGUUUCAGUUUAGGCCAAGUACUGAAACAAGGAAUCCUCAAAGAUAUAUGGGUAGAUUUUACUAUGUACACAGAGACAAAUGGACCCUGGGAAGUGUAUGCAUUUGUGAACUCGCUGUGGGUCCAAAUAUUUUCAAGCCAUGUAAUCCAUUAAUUUUGUGGAAAGCUUAAUAAAUCUGAAACUUUUUGUAUUUCUUCUUUUUUUAAUUGUAUCUGAGUUGACUGAGUUGGUGGUUGGUUUUUUUUUUUCAUGCUAUAGUUCUUGUAUAAUAUUUUGUAAAUCCUUCACAUGGUUCUUUCAUGGGAACUUUUCUUUUGGGGCAAGUUCAUUGUAUUUAUGUGAAGCUUUAUAAAAGAACUAAUUUUUCCAUUUGCAUAUUAAUAUGUUCCUCUAUACGUGUAAAGACACAGUGGCUCCGUGUGUCAUAAAACAGCUGUAUUUUAUGUAUGCUUUACUGGUAAGUGUGCCAAUAAUAAACCGUG